AUGGCAUCGCACGAGUACUACUCCGGCGGUGGUCAGCCUCACCGUCCUGGCGAUUUGCCAGCGCCCUACCCAACCGCCCAGGCCCCCCCGUCGUCUCACCCGACACCGGCGCCGUCGUAUCACUCGAUGCAGGAUUCGCACUACGGCGGGCCUCCGAGGCCGCCGCCCAAGGAGAGCGGUUCGCCCUUUGUUUCCGUCUUCGACGACCACGCAUACCCGGCAAACGCGAGACCGUACGAUGCCGACAGCGCCAAGAGCACCUCCCAACCCGGCCUCUACCAAGCCAACGAGUACUACGGCCCGCCCGGCGGCGCUCCCUCCUCGUCCGCCGCCCGACCGCACGGCCCCGAGGACAUUCCGCUGCAGGAUCAAGCCGGCAAGCCGGCGAGCAUCGACGACCACAUCUACGAUGCGCCCCAUGGCCGUCGACGGAAGAGCCGGAGCAAGGGCAGAGGCAAGGUCCUGCUCGGCGAGCUCGGCAUGUUCGGCUCGGGCAAGAAGCGGAUUCCUUGGGUCGUCUACACCCUCACCCUCGUCCAGGCGGCCGUCUUCAUCGGUGAAAUCAUCAAGAAUGCCAUCCUCACGGGCUCGCCCAUCAUGAUCAAGCCCCAGUUCAACCCCAUGAUCGGCCCUUCGACGCAGGUCAUGAUCAACAUGGGCGCGCGGUACACGCCUUGCAUGCACAACAUCGAAGAGAUUCAAGGCUCGAAAAUCCCCGUCCUCUUCCUCUGCCCCAACGCGACGACGAACACGCAGUUCUGCCCGCUCUCCGAGCUCUGCGGCUUCGGCGGCGUGCCGAACCCGACCUUCAACGACGCCAACCAGACGCCCGAGCCCAACCAGUGGUAUCGCUUCAUCAUUCCCAUCUUCAUGCACGCCGGCCUCAUCCACAUCGGCUUCAACAUGCUCAUGCAGCUCACCAUCGGCAAGCAGAUGGAGAUGGCCAUCGGCUCCAUUCGAUUCUUCCUCGUCUACAUGUCUGCCGGCAUCUUCGGCUUCGUCAUGGGAGGUAACUUUGCCGCGCCCGGCAUCGCCUCCACCGGCGCCUCGGGCUCGCUCUUCGGAAUCAUCGCCCUCACCCUCCUCGACCUUCUCUACUCCUGGAAGGAGCGGAAGAGCCCCGUCAAGGACUUGACCUUUGUCGUGCUUGAUAUGGUCAUCGCCUUCGUCUUGGGCUUGCUGCCGGGCUUGGACAACUUUUCGCACAUCGGCGGCUUCCUCAUGGGCCUCGGACUCGGCGUCUGCGUUCUCCACUCGCCCAACUCGCUGAGGCGACGGAUGGGGAACGAGACCCCGUACUCGGCCGUCCACCCGGAUGCCGUCGUCACCUCGCCCGCCUUCUUCAAGAGUCCCAUCGGCUUCUUUAAGGGUCGCAAGCCGCUGUGGUGGAUCUGGUGGCUCGUCCGUGCCGGCGCCCUGAUCCUCGUCAUCAUCGUCUUCAUACUGUUGUUGAACAACUUUUACGUCGUCCGGAACACGUGCAGUUGGUGCAAGUACCUGAGCUGCAUCCCCAUCAGCAACUGGUGCGAGCUGGGGACGAUCCAGCAGCAGUAG